CGCUUAUCCUCUGUGAUUGGAUGCAUGUCAGAAAUAGAUACACCCUGCCCCUGCUUCCGCGCGUCUGCUCUGGGUAUUAUUAUCACGGCGGCGGCACCGCGAUCAACCAUCGGCAUGGGUUCUCAGUCUGGACGACAUUCACACCUCUUCACGCCCAUCCCACGGAGUCAAAUGAUCUCUCUGGCCAAUCCGCAGGCGAGUCCUGGUCGAGUGACACUGGAUUCCGGCACGCCAGAUAUCGAAGAAGCCCGGGGGAUCCCCAGCGGAGAGAAUUCAAUACACUCCAUGAUGCAACCCCAUGAUGCCUGUGCGCAGGUUACAAUCUUCCUCCACCCACGCUCUGUCGACGGCUAUCCUUGUUUCCCCACCAGCUGACACCCUCGCUCUUAUCCCCGGGCGAGUUUUAAAUAGCGCACGACAUGGAACUGAACGUCGUUACGACCCUUUGCCUGGUCAUGUGCGUACGGACACAUGAGCACUCCACGGGAUGCUCGGGACGCGCCACACCAGCUGUCUACUUAGACUCGCGGCCGUAGCGAGGCUUAUCCGCGUCUUGUCCUCUGCCCCAAACACAUCAUGUCGCUGGAGAACGAGAAGGAUAGUGGCGAGGUCGUGAUGAUAGAGACGACGGAGCGGGAUAUUGUCGGCGCAGAGUCCCCGCUUCCGGCAAUCGGCACACCUGAGCGCGCCGCCGCAGAACGCGCCAUCGUGCGCAAGCUCGACAGACGGCUGCUCCCGACUAUCCUGGUCAUCUACUUGAUGAACUACAUCGACAGACAAAAUGUCACCACUGCUCGGCUGAAGGGCCUGGAGCAGGAUCUGGGACUCUCCGGUAACGCUCCCGCUGUUCAUGCAACGCCUCCGUUGACCUUGGUUCCAGAUAUCCAAUACAACGUGGUUCUGUCGAUUGUCUACGUGUCCUACUGCCCGUUCCAAAUCCCAUCGAACAUGAUACUCAAUUACAUCACGAGACCCUCCUGGUACAUCGGGUCAUGUGUUGUUCUCUGGGGACUGACGAGUUUGCUCACCGGACUCACACAUAAUUACGCGGGAAUUGUCGCGUGCAGGGUCAGCCUGGGGAUUCCAGAGGUGGGCAUUUCGCCUCUGUCCAGGAAGCUUUUGGGCUCACCCCGUCGCAGUCUGCUUUCUAUCCUGGCGGUCAGUCCCGGCGAGCUACAGGGCCGUGCACAGCCUGACCAUCCACCAGCCGUCUAUCUUCUCUCCCGGUGGUACACCAAGAAGGAGCUCGCGUUCCGAGUAGCUCUGCUAUACGGCGCCAACUUGACUUCCAAUGCUUUCGGCUCGCUUAUAGCCGCCGGAAUCCUGAGCAAAAUGGAGGGUGUCCGGGGAAUCCGAGCAUGGCGCUGGCUGUUCUUCAUCGAGGGCGCUAUCUCCAUCGCCGUUGGGCUCAUCGCGAUAUGGUCGUUGCCCGACUACCCCAACAACACGCGAUGGAUCUCCAGCGACCAGCGGCGCCUCGCCCAAGCCCGGCUCGCGGACGAUGCGGGUGAAGCCGACCAGGACAACGCCGGCGAUACACCGCUUGCAGGCUUGAAAAUGGCCAUAUGCGACCCGAUUGUGUUGACAUUUGCGAUCAUGAAUCUCGCGCAGCUGUUCGGAUUCAGCUUUAACAACUUUUGUGAGUUUAUCUUGCCUCCCGACUGCAGCCUCACAGCAACGUUCGGUUUCAGCACCACGAUCAGUCUUCUGCUCGCAGCCCCACCCUGGAUCUUCGCGGCUUGUGUUUGCUGCCUGAAUGCCUGGCAUGCCGACCGCACCGGAGAACGAUACUUCCAUCUUUCCGGCUGGUGGUGGCCUGUGAUGGUGGGCUUCAUCAUCUCGCUCUCGACGAUGUCUGUGGCCGGGCGUUACUUUUCCAUGUUCCUGAUGACUAUCGGCUACGCUGGAUUCGCCAUGACGGCCGUCUGGGUCUCGAAUACGAUCGCGCGACCACCCGCCAAACGCGCGGCGGCGAUCGGCAUCGUCAACGGUGUCGGAAACGUGGGGAACAUCAUGGGCUCGUAUACGUGGAAAUCCAAAUGGGGACCGCGCUACCACCAGUCCAUGAUCAUCUCUCUCUGCUCACUCCUCUUCGCGUCUGCACUCGCGUUUGGGAUCCGCCGCAAUCUCAUCGCCAAGAACCGGCGUCUCGCAGCGAUCGAGAAAUCGGAUCUGCAGGGCGGCGACGAAGUGCGUGUCCGCGAGGCUGCGGUGCUGGAGGGGAUUACUUUCGAGCAAGCGAUGGAAAGGAGGAAAGGGUUCCGCUAUCUGUACUAGGAAGUACUGUAAACUAGGAGAGGGUAUGGAAAUGUACGAUAUCUCGGUCAUAAUCGCCACAACGUGGUCCCACUCGCAGGCUGGUAAUGCCACUUCCCCGUGACCUUAUAUCGGGCACUGAAUGCGAGGCCAUUCUCGAUCCUGGCGCGGACUGCGGGUGUUGCCGCGAUGUCGCGGUCCGCGUACCGGCUGAAGCGGACGCGCACCUCCACCAGCGUGGGCCGCAGCAGCACGAAACGCUCCAGGACCUUGUCCGAGCAGCUGAUACUCCCGUCGCCACACUCGAGCACCUCGAGCUCGCUCGCGAAGCCCUCGCUGCAGGCCGCGCGGACCAUGUCGUUCGUGAGCGUGGCCGAGGACGUGCUGCGCAGGCCGUCCAGCUUGAGCCUGCGCAGGCGCGGCGUUGCGCGGAGCAGCGCGAGCAGCGUGUCGUUGCUGAAGAACGCGGUGGACAGCUCCGCCGUCGCGAGCACCGCGAGGUGCGGCUCGAGCGACGCGAAGAACAGCGCGUGGUCCGGGCCGGGCAUCGCCGGGUGCGUCAGCCGCAGGUGCGCGAGCGCGGGGAGGCCCAGGUUCGCGAAGAACACGGGCAGGUCGUUGCCCAGGUAGAAGUGCACCUCGCGCAGCGCGGACGGCGCGGCCGGCGUGCCGGAGGGGGGUAGGGCGGCCGCGGCGCCGGUGCCGGCGAGCGAGCCGAACAGCGUGCACCGGAGGACGGCCUUGCGCAGCGCCGGGCAGCGCCGGACGAUGUCGAGGCAGUGGUGCACGGAGAGCCCGCCGGUGAGGUCCGCGCCGCCCUCGCGCGUCUGCAGGCACUUGAGGUCGAACUCGACGAGCGAGGGCGCGGGCAGGACGAGCUUCGCGGCGUCGGCGGAGAUGCGCAGCAGCAGCACGCGCAGGCGCGGCGCGCGCAGGACCGCGGCGUCCGCCCACAGCGCGGACCCGAAGUCGGAGUGGCACUCGACGUGCAGCGUGUGGAGCGCGGGCAGCUCCAGCUGCAGGAACGACGCGACGGUGGUCGCGGGCACGGCGGCGGGGAAUAUGAGGCACAGAUUCGCGAUGUGCGACCACGCGUGGCGCGCGACGGCCUGCACGGGCUGCGUGUUCAGCUCGUCCAGCGUGGACGAGAUGUACAGCGGGUGGCUGCCGCUCCGCGCGACCCACUCCAAGGCCAGGUCGACGAAGCGUCCGCGCUCGUCCUCCAAGACCCCGAAGUCACCCCGCCCCAGGUGCGGCACGUGCAGCGACGACCACAGCUCGGGGGUAGAGUGCGACACUCGCCGCCACUCGCGUGAUACGUGUCCCAGACAGAUCGGAGGCGUGCGCGGAUCGACUAGCGCAGGGUACGCGGCGAUACAGAAGCAGAAGAUCUCCCCCAGAAGCUCGUCCGGAAGGCGCCGCACGAGGGACACCAGUGCCUUAUGUUUCCCGAUAUCCGUCUCCAGCUCAUCGCGCUGUGUGCACAGCGCGUGCAGUCGUUCCUCCACCUCCCGGAUCUCGUGAUUCAAGCGCCGCAGCUCAUCGAUGGGAGACACGAGAAAGCGGUUGAUCCUUUCACGCUCGUCAUCUUGCGGGACGUAGUUCGUGCCGAGCAAGUCAGAGAACGGUGAGUUGGGCAAUGACAUCGUGGUGAUCGACGAUGCUCUGGCAUUAGUAGGCCGCAAGGGAAGUGGCAGUGAUGCCCGGGCCGGCUGACUCCGGAGGGGCUAUGCUCAAACGCGGUCCCGUGAUCGGUCCAUGAUCAAUAUGAGUUCAAUAGUCGCCAGCCACGCCCUGAGCACACCGUGCUUGCGGAGGAGCACGAUAUGGUGCGUUUAGAAACCCUCCAAGCUUCGCUGCGGCACGUUCUCGAGAUGAACAAUCCGG